AAGGUCCAGGCCGCAGAACAUCCAGGAUCCAAGGCAGCAAGAUAAUUUGAUGGCGAGCAGAGCUGUAGCUCAGAUGGUUUGCGGGAGAGCAGUCUUGGGGUCCGUUCUACGCGCAUGUGGUGCUACUUGCGGUGCUGCAAGUUGCGGAUUCACGAGCAAUGAGUGGAUGUGUUUGAGCAUAGGCUUUACACAAGAAAGCGGGUGCCUCAGUGCGUUGUUAGUGCCCGUAGCUUGGUCGAUGCCAGAGGAGGAGGAAACUUCUUGGGUCUGGGGCCGCGCUUCUUUGGAGCGUAGACGUUUUAGCGUGGAUUUGGCGGUAUCAUAGACGCUUUGGGGGGUUUGCGGUCUUGGCCUGUAGAGAAAAUCUUCCAGGCGUAACGGGCAGCGCUGCCUGCAAGUGGUGAUUCCGUUUGGUGGCUCGCGUGCCCGCGAUGUCCAAGUGUGCCAACACUGCGGGACUGUGUGGUGGCGGUGGCGGCAAUGGUGGUGGUGGAGGGCCUGGCCCCACCAACAGCAGCAGCCGCAGCGGCACAGGGCCUGGCGGUGGCAGUGGCCCUGGGCCUAGCAGUUGCGGUGUGCAUGAGCGUAGCGGAAGGGGCGAGCAAGGCAACGUGGAGGACAGCGCGGCGUCGCCCAAGAAGUGGCGCCGGCGCGCAGGUUGCGGCGCCGUCCCUAUACGAACCGACCCCGGCUAUGUCCGGGAGAUGAGGUAGACGCUUGCGGCCCCAGACUUGAAACGUGGUACUUUUCCCAUGCGAGGCGAACCGCAUAUCUUGUCCAGGCAUAGAUGCUGCGGGAGCGGCCAUCCACCUGCGUAGCAGCGUAGGCGCCGCGGGCCUGACCGCCUGAAGGCAUCUACAAGAUACGGGUACUGGCGAUACGGCUGUCAGCUUCACUGACAAGGGGAUUGGUGCGCUUGGCAAACACGACAAAGGGCGAGGCCCCGUGUGGACGGGUGGCACGCGGCGAUUACCGUAUGCUGGGUAUGACACGACUCACAUGCCGAGAGCCAGCAAAUAGACCACAACGCACUUUCUCGCGACGAAAGGUGGCGGCUGCAAGGGCUUCAAGGGCUGUGCUACAGCCAGGCGAGUCAAGCCGGUGACCAAGGGCCAGCACGGCGCGGGCACGGCGGGCCAGCGCGGGCCUGGCGGGGCUGGAUCCAAAAACGUUUGGCGCAUUAUGCAGUGCCGUUCAGAAGUUCAGAUUAUUACUUGUAUAGAUCGUAAUGAAUUCA